UUGGUGAAGUUUGGGGCUCGUGGGUUGGCGAGGCAGCCCCGCUCGCUAUCAUCCCGGGAGGGACCCGGCGUGCGCCCUAACGCGCUGCGCCCCUGGGGCUCCCCAAGGCGGAGGCGCACGGAAGCUCCUGUGCGCGCUUGUCUCUCCCCCUCCUCCAGCUGCUAGCGAUGUGGGGCCGAUCUCCCUUCCCUAGCUAGGGCAUCUCCCUGCGCCCCACGCCUAGGCACUAAUCUCUCCCCGCACUUCUUCUGCUCCUCCUCUCCCCCGGCGCCUGCCCCUUCCCGGGACUCCACGGAGCGUCUCCAGUAGCCGCGGGUCCCGGGCGCCCCCCGUGCCCCUCUCGGAGGGGGCAGGAGGGUGAUGGUCGGCUCCGCUCAGGUCCAAGUGGUUGAAAGGUGAAUCCGCCUCCAUUUCCGCCCGGCGACGGAGCCCUGCCCACCGCAGGGAGCAGAGGGAACCGGCGCACCGACACUCCGGGCGCAGCCAGGCUGGGGUACGCCUGCAAAAUGGUCAGCUCCGCCGGGGAGAUUGCCGUGGUCGCGCUGGGUAUUUUACUAGCUGUGUGCCAUGCCUUGGAGAACACAACAUCUGCCUUGAGUGGUCCCCCAGUGGCUGCUGCAGUCCGUUCCCAUUUUAACGACUGUCCCGACUCCCACAGUCACUUCUGCUUCCACGGGACCUGCAGGUUUCUGGUGCAAGAGGAGAAGCCAGCAUGUGUCUGCCAUUCUGGGUUUGUCGGGACGCGAUGCGAACACGCAGACCUCCUUGCAGUGGUAGCUGCCAAUCAGAAGAAACAAACCAUCACUGCCUUGGUAGUGGUUUCAGUGGUAGCGUCCGUCGUCCUUAUUGUGGCCUGUGUACUAAUACAUUGCUGUCGGAUAAGAAAACAUUGUGAGUGGUGCCGAGCCUUCAUCUGCAGACACGAGAAGCCCAGUGGGCUCCUGAAGGGGGGAACUUCCUGUUGCCAUUCAGAGACAGUGGUCUGAAGGAGAACUGGAUCUGACCAAUAUAUUAAUUGCCAUGGCCAGAUGGGACUGCUGCAGUAUAAUAAAGGAGGCCUAUCCCAUUCAAGAGAAGAACAUUUUUUCCAUGGAAGAAAAUGCUCUGGCGUGGGAUUAGUAUCAAGCAUACACUACAUUACCUUGACUCUUCAUAUGCAUCCUGUAUUAUAGGCUGAGCUUUCAGAACCUUGCCAAAUCGAGGGCACCAUCUCCAUGGGGCUAUGCAAUGUGAAGCCAUGAAGUAACGAGUAGACCACCUCUCAACCACCAUGGAAUCUUAGACUGUUUUAUGAGACUUCAGACUCGGACACGAGAACGACACGUGGGUCAGCUUCAUGUUUACGUAGAUGUGAUGAUUUGGGGGGAUGGGGGAGGGGAAG